UCAAACUAAGAAAUUCUUCUAGCGCUUAGCAGUGAAACUACACUUUGCACAUAGACGGGCAACACUGGAUUCGUGAGAUUACUGACUGUUUGACCUGUUUGAGACUUUUUAAAACAAAAAUCCGGUUUCCAACUCCAAACAAAAUGGUUUCCAGCUCUAAUGAAUUCUUUUGUUAAGAGGGGAGCGAUUUAAAAAAAUAUAUAUAUAUAUAUAUAUAUAUAUAUAUAUAUAUAUAUAUAUAUAUAUAUAUAUAUAUAUAUAUAUAUACACACACACACAAAGGAAAUCUUAUGCAGUAACUGGACAAUGGAGUAAAUUAAGUCUGGACUGUCUUAGAAUGAGUUUAGUUGGAGGAUUCCCACACCACCCGGUGGUUCAUCACGAUGGCUACUCUUUUGCCGCUGCAGCCGCAGCUAGCCGCUGCCACGAAGAAAACCCAUACUUCCAUGGGUGGCUCAUUAGUCACCCAGAGAUGUCACCCCCAGAUUACAGUAUGGCACCUUCUUAUAGCCCUGAAUACGCCAAUAGCGCUGCCGGGCUUGACCAUUCACAUUACGGAGGAGUCCCGGCUCCAGGAACAGUUGGGAUGGGGCCCCGUCCAGUGAAGCGCAGAGGUACGGCCAACCGCAAGGAAAGACGCAGGACUAUAAGCAUCAACAGCGCUUUCGCUGAGCUCCGGGAGUGCAUUCCAAAUGUGCCGGCCGACACAAAACUGUCCAAAAUCAAAACUCUUCGCUUGGCCACCAGCUAUAUUGCCUACCUCAUGGACCUACUUGCCAAAGACGAUCAAAACGGAGAGGCAGAGGCCUUCAAGGCAGAGUUCAAAAAGACAGAUGUGAAAGAAGAAAAGAGAAAGAAAGAACUGAACGAGGUGUUGAAGAGUUCAACAAGCAACAACGACAAGAAAACCAAAGGAAGGACUGGCUGGCCACAGCAUGUCUGGGCUUUGGAACUCAAACAGUGAAGCUUUCUAUUUUAUUUUUUUAAAUCAAAGGCUUAAGAUAAAUGCUUCAAAUUGCUUUAAUAUAUACCCGAUAAACUAUAUUUUUCGGAAUAAUCAAACUUAUUUAUGUGCAAUUUCCCGCCCUGAACAGAAAGGAUAUUUGAAGAAAAGCAUUCCGUUUCUAAGAGAAGGAAACCGAUUUGGGAAUGGAUUAUGUCGUCUCAUAUGUUGUGAAUGUUUGUUUCGUUGCUUUAUGUGUAAAAAAUAAAGCCAAAACUAUGUUGUAUUAUUGUUUUUGAAGUGUAAUUUUCAAAGUUGGCUCUUGUUUUUUUUCGUAUAAAUAUUGGUGGAAUUGUAUGACGAUGCAGUUCUAUUAAUGUUUCAUUUGGAAAUGUUAAGUGUGAUGUUAUCUAUUUUGUGGUCGUCCAGUAUUUGAUGAUGUUUUCGAACAGCUGUUUUUAGUCUGUGCACUUCCGUCCAGAAAAGUGGAGUUUUAAUAAUAUUGUAGAUGUAAACAAUGUAAUUCAUUAAAUAAACCACUGUGUUUUUUUUUUUUAAACAAAGCA